AUGGACUCACCCUAUCGUCGGAGUGCACUUGUCCUCGGGCUGAGUCUCUGGGCCGCCAUUCUCCUGGCCCUCUACAUUGCACGGCACCACGCCAUCAACAACCUCUACUCCUCCAUCCCCGACAAUUACCCUUCUUCUUCAUCUGUCGUCAGUAACACCCGGCCGAGUACCAACCAGACAGUCCUCAGGGCCCAGUGGGAGCCCUCGAGACGAUACCUGGUCUUCUUACCCUUCGAAGGCAUUUCCAACCAGUUUUUCUCCCUCCAGAACGCCGCCACGAUCGCCAAGCGACUCAACCGCACCCUCGUCGUCACUCCCAUCACACCCAACCGUCAUGAUCGUCUCAGGACCAAUCAGCCUUGGAGUCGUUACAUGGACGUAGAGCAUAUGGCCCUUAAUGCCGUGAUAGUCGUGGAUGACAUACUGGAGUCGAAUCAGAACUCGACUGAGCAGUUCACAGCCCAGUUUAAACGCGGGGUCACCCAACGAAGUAUCGGUUGGGGUGCAGCAGGGAGAUACUUGCGAUUCUUGCCCCGAUUCGCGUCCUAUGUCGAGGACCUUAUUGCGUUUAGAUUCGGUCUGCUGGAGAGCCAUAUUCAUCCACAUCCACCGCUCUCACUCGGAAAUUCGAUUCUGGACAAGGGCGCUAUGGCAGAGACGUUCCUUUCUCGAAAAUCACCACUGAAGGAUUAUAUCACCAUACAUUUGCGCAGAGGCGACAUUGUAGUCAAGUGCGCCAAUCAAACCGUGAGCGACUGUAUCACGCCUCUGUCUGAAUAUAAGAAACAAGUCGACGACAUCUUGACAGGAUUAUCCAAGGAUGCAGCGCAGCCCAACGUAGUCCUAGUCUCGGACACGGAGUCAGAGGACGAGAAGAAGGAGAUUGAUGGGUACGGAUGGUAUCGUCUAGAUCAUGCAGUUGAUCCAAAUUUGCUGAGUGUUUCCAAGGAACUGGGGCCCUUUAGUCCGGCAUUCAUCGACUCUGCAGUGCUAGUGGGAAGAGAUACGCGGUGGGUGAUUGGAAGUCGCAAGAGCACUAUGUUCUGGCUGGCGGCAAUGAGGAUCUUUAGUUGGUACAAUUUGACCAUUAUUUAUCCACAAAUGACCAGACAGGAGAUGGCGGAGUAUCAAGCAUCGCUGGACCGGCAUGAGCAGAGCCCUUCUUCUUUGACGGGACUAUCGACGGUAGCCAGACGACGGGCCUCUACAAGGACAACGAGGACGGGGUUGCGGGAGACGCCGUCAGAAAAUGCGACGGCACGAACACGACCAGAUCUGGAUGAUGAUGAUAACGACGAUAACAUCAUCACCUGGGACAAGCAUGAACAGCAUUUCUUUGACCUCUUUUAAAUGUGUGUGAUCCGCUUAUGCUGUUAGGCAUACAAUCCAGAGAAAAGCACCCUUACAUUUUUUUUUCUCUACAAUCCUCCAUCUGGAGAGUAAUGACUGUACAUUCUCUAAUAGUAUUCCAGAGCUAUCCCUUCAUUUGACAUUUUUCUGGACCACGGUACCGAGCACAAUGCUCCGAGGUCUUUUACAAUGUUUAGAUGUUCAUAAUAUUCGCGCUGUCAUGAUGAUUUAAUCGACAUUGGCAAUCUGC